UUAGGUGAACAUAACCUCGAAUCGGUGACGUUUUGUUAAGUGAAUUGUAAAUAAUGAGGGAAUUCAGUUGUAUUUUAAUUGUUCUUAACUAUCAUGUGAUUUAUUGUAAACAUACUUGAAUUGUUUAUCUAUUAUUGAGCGUAAAUAAGUGUCUAAUCUGCGCUGUGUCAUUGACCAAGACUAAUGUCUUAAUGCGGCACACUGAUGUGAUUGACUAUUUUAGAGAUGGAUACGAAUACUUUAGGAUGGAUUGGUUUAAUCAUCAUUUUGUUUUUGACGUCGUUCGGAUUAUUUUCGUUUCUUACUGUAGUUUUAGGAUUUCUUGCUUUUAUGCUGGGAUUGUUUACGUUGUUGUAUCUGAAGCAGGGGGACAUUGAUAAGUUUUAUAAUCAAUGUGCGGGAAACCCCCUCACAGCCGAUAUACUUCCAGAGGGCGGCCUGCCACAGGUGGUCAAGCAGCUCACAAGUCCACAAAAAGUACAAAAAGCUGAUAACAGAGUAACAGGAAGUGAGUUAAUAGACAGCUCCUUGCAAGAAAUAUUAGGAUACAUUAUUCGAGAUUACAUUUCACCAUGGUAUAAUCUCAUUUCUAAAGAUUCAGAAUUUACGAAUACUACUGUGCGAAAAAGUGCACAAACUUUUGCAAUAAACAUAUCAAACAGGGUGAAAGAAAUAGAUUGGAUCCCUUAUCUUACUACGAGAUUAGUUGAUGAUGCAGCUUCUCAUUUGCGUUUGUUCAAACAAGCUCGCGCGAGAAUGAAAUUUUUAGAUAAAUCUAAAACACAAAAGCAUUCGCCAGUCAAGGAGCCGAAAACUUCACCAAAGAAAACGUCUCAUAAAAGAAAUAAAAGUGAAACAGAUAUUACGUGGUACCAUGGGAAGCCCAGUGAUAUAAAAAAGGAAGCGGAAGUUAGUGUGGGUAAUUCAAAGUUCUACUUAACUGAAUCCAAAAAAAGUAUUACACUUGAAGAUCAUUUUUUUGAUUUGGAAUGCCAAAUGGAAAGUAAUUUAGUAUGUAGAGAUAUUGUCAGUAUGGAUGUGGCCAAAGAAAAAGAAUUCCUCUGUGAGAUUGUUGAAAUAUUGUUGUAUAUUCUGCUGCCUGAUGAAGAUUUCCAGUGUAAACCUUUGCGGUAUGUUUUGAGAGAGCUUUUUGCCAAUUGUGUUGUUCAACCUCUUUUUACUAUGUUGUCUGAUCCUGACUACAUUAAUCAGGCAAUCAUCUGGCUGUGCUUACGUGAUGGUUCUUUACCCAGUGAAAUUUUUUUAACUACUCUGAGACUAACUGAUAACUGUGAUGAACUAAAAAGUACCAAAGAAUUAGUAUUGAAGGAAAUACAACAAUUGAGGUCACGUGAUUCAGGAGGAGAAAGUGAUCUUGCAAUAAAACAACAACUAAGUAGUUUGUUUUAUGUGUUGAAAUUAAUAGAGACUCGAAUGACAAAAAUGGAGGACACAGAAAACUUAGAUACCCAAAACACUUUUGAUUACAUUCAACUAGAAAAUAUUAAAAAAAUCGACUUAAAGUUGAAUCAGAUUUUAAAGAACAACGUCGCCCUGUCGUAUUUCAUUGAUUACGUUUCUAGCCACAGGAAGCAGUUAGAUUUAUUUUUUUAUCUGAACAUUGAAGGAUGGAAAGUUUCCGUGGAACAACAGUUAUCAGAUCUCCAUAUAAAUAAACUAAAAGGAACAAAUGAAAACCCUGCACCUACAUAUGAAGCAAUACGUUCAACCGCUCAGAGUAUCUACAACCAAUACUUGGGCGAAAAAUCAGAUCAACGUGUUUACGUUAAGCCUGCUCUUUCCCAGAGUCUCCACUUCAAGAUUCGAAAUUUGAACGAAAUUCCGAGCGAAUUGUGGUUCGACGAAGUGCAGCAAGCAAUAUAUGAUAAAAUGGAAAACGACGAAGAAUAUCUUCCCGCUUUCAAAAAAAGCAAAGCUUAUGUUAAGCUGUUGCAAGAGUUGGAUUUAGUACAACAAAACGUAACUGAAGAAGAUGCAAUUAGCUUGAAUAGUAACGAAUCUAUUGAAAUGAAUACAGAACAGUCGAAAUCUUCAUCUGAACAAACAACGCCACAACAGAAUAAUUUAUUUUUGGUGGCGGAUAGCAGUGCGAAAAAUGUGAAACAUGCAAGGUCUUUCAGCGACGUUACAAUGUUUGUAAGUAAAAAUCAUGAAGAGUUGAAAACACAGAAUACUAGUCAAGGCGAUAGAGACGAUUUCGUUAAGUAUGAAACGGAUGAAAUACUAACAGUAGAGGACCCAAAAGUGGUAGAAAAAAGUCUCAAAACGGGGGAAUUUAUUUUAAAUGUGAACAUUAUUGAAACAGGUAUUGUAAGCGAGAAAGGCAAGAUGUUUGGAAUUUACGCCAUCAGAGUAAGUCGAGAAUAUGAAACAGGGUUCUUAGAAGAGUGGCACAUCUAUAGACGCUACAGUGACUUUUACGACCUUUACAGCAAAGUUAAAGAUAAAUUUCCGGACCUGUCGAAAUUAUCAUUCCCGGGUAAAAAAACAUUCCAUAAUAUGGACAGAGCUGUAUUGGAGCGACGCAUGAAAAUGUUAGGAGCUUACAUGCACGAAUUGUGUAAUCCCAACAUUGUCAGAACUCACCAUGGAUUGCAGGAUUUGUUAAUGACGUUUCUGGAGCAAGGUGAUUAUGAUAAAGCCACUGGAGGACCUAUUUCAAGCACUAUUAACACUUUGGUGAAUCCUCUCAAAUCAGGCAUGAAAACAAUUAAAAACAUGCCAGAACAAUUGUUCAACACUGUAGAUGAGGUUAUGGGUGGUAUAACGAAAGUUUUUCAUGCGAAACCAGGUCGUCUACCGGAAGCUAGUAAAGUAGGAGCUUCAAUAGAAGAGACUGAUGAUAACAUUCCACUAAGAAUAAUGUUACUACUAAUGGAUGAAGUAUUUGAUUUGAAAUCUCGUAACCAGUGGUUAAGAAGAAGAAUAGUCACUUUGUUGAGACAAAUUGUGAGAACUAUGUUUGGUGAUAUUGUUAACCGUCGAAUAUUGGAAUACGUUUCAUUAAUAACAAGUCCAAAAAAUGUAGCGCACUAUUUAUAUGUCUUUAAGCAAUCUUUCUGGCCAAAUGGUAUGAAGUAUGAGAAAAAACCAGACCGCGAUGACGACGUACGGAAUCGUACAAGAGUGGCUGCUAAAGUCGCACUAUUGUCGUGUUUAUCAGAUGAACUGAAACACAUUAUAGGCUCUGAAACUACGAGGAGAGGUUUAUUGACAAUUUUUGAACUCUUUCAAAGACCAAUUUUAAAUCGUAGAUUACUCUAUGUAUUAUUAGAAGGGGUUUUGUGUACUUUGUUCCCAGAGAAGGAUAUGUUUAAACUAUUUCAAAAACUACACUCGAAGUCGAAAAGAAUUCAAGAUAAACACAAUUCUCAGAACAUGAGGUGAUGAAUUAUUUAUUUCGGAAAUUAUUAGGUGCCAUUGCAUUCUCCUUUUAAUUUUAAUUAUAUUGUAUAUGUUGCGAAUUAUUUAUUCAGAGAUUAUGUUUAUUUUUAUAGCUAAUUUGUACUCUUCUGGUGUGCUUAAUUUGUUGUAUAUUUGUUAGAAUAAAAUAUGAAAAUUUUAAUUUA